UUCGCAGACUCAGCCUGAUCGUUGAGUGUUCACCGUAAACAUGGGGCGUGUGAGGAUUGCUGUCGUGGGUGGAGGCGUGGUGGGCAUCACGACGGCGACUCGAGUGCAGACAGAAAUCCCCAACGUCCACGUGACGGUGUUCAGCGAGGACUUCACGCCAGAUACGACGGGGGAUGGGGCGGCGGGGAUCUGGGGGCCUUUCCUCGAUCAAGGGACGCCACCCGACAAAAUCUGGCGUUGGAGCAAAGAGACUCACGACCUCCUGGAGUCCCUGUGGAAGGAAGGGAAAGCGCCCGAGGCAGGCGUUGCCCUUUGCAAUAUCGUCGCCGUUUUCUGGGAUCCGGAAGCUCCUCCGCCGUUCUGGAAGGACAUCGUGUAUGGAUUCAGGCUCCUCACGGCAGAGGAGAUGACGAGGUACUCGCCGUACAGGAGAGGAUGGGAGUACACAACCUUUAUCUGCGAAUGUACCGCAUUCCUUCCAUACCUGACAAAGAAGUUCCUGAAUGCAGGGGGGGAACUGGAGAAAGUGAAGAUCGAAGAUCUGAGUUUGUUACAAGCCUCUCACGAUAUCAUCAUCAAUUGUACUGGAAUUGGAUCCUCUGAUUUAGUUCCCGAUCCACUGGUGCACCCCCUUCGAGGACACCUGAUACGAGUGGAAGCUCCAUGGAUCAAACGCGGUUUCUUCUCAGAAGAAAAGCCUGGCGAAAGCAGGGAGACAUACUGGAUUCCAAACAUGGAGACUGUAGCGCUGGGAGGCACAUUCCAGGCUGGAAAUUGGAGUAGAAAGCCUGAUAUCAAUGAUUCCAAUUUCAUUGCAUCUGGAGCAGCAGAAUGGGAACCUUCUUUCAAGGGAGCAAAAGUCUUAUACGAGUGGGUUGGCUUGCGUCCUGGCCGAACAGGUGGAGUGCGACUUGAGUGGGACAAUGAUCACUAUCAGGUACUUCACAACUAUGGCCACGCGGGUUCCGGGAUCACCUACAGUUGGGGUUGCGCGAAAGAAGUGGUGCAACAAAUUCGCAUGCGGAUCCCACGGUCACGUCUCUGAGUCAUAAAAUGCUUAUGCAUUGUUAAUAUAUAGAUAAAAAAUAAAUACUGACACAAUAACAAUAAAAAGUAGAGAUC